UAUUUUCAGUAAAUUGAUAAUUCGGCUUAUGACCUAUGUUCUAAUUAAAUUAUGUCGGUAGAUGAAAAGUCUUCAGUGCAAUCUAAAGUUAAUUCUUUAGAUGUGACUAUACUAACUGAAGAAAACACAAAAACCGGGGCUAUUAAUAUUCCCUCAGGAAAUUUUAUUGAAAUUAAAAGGGAUUUAAAAGAUCAAGAGCAUUACUCUGAGCAAAUAAUGUCUAACCAAGAAACGGAAUGUUUCGGUGGAGAUAUGUCAGAUAUAAUGAUAGAGGACAACAAUCUUGUAGAAAUUGAAACUGAAAAUGAUGUGUUAGAAGAUUCCAAUAAAGUAAUAAGCUUGUCUAAGGACACUAUUAUGACAACUUUAAAUAUAACACCUGAUCAACUCAUAGCUGAUUUUUUGGGAGAUUCUACAUGUGAGACAAUAUUCAAUGACAGUUCAACUUCCUUGGUUCAUGAUUCCUUGGUUAAUGCAUCUUUUGACAAACUAAACAACUCUGAUGACUUAAUGUAUUUUGCAGAGUGUACAUCGGUUAAACCAGAUGCUCUUAUUGGAACUCUAAAAAUGACUCCGGAACAAUAUACAGAUGUUAUAUUGGCUGAUAACACAAAAUUUAUCCCGGAUGAAAGUGAGAAGAUUCUCCUUGUGAAAACUUUCGAUAAACCAAGCUAUUUUGAAGAAUCAAAACACUCUGCUAAGGUUCGAUCUAUUGAAGUGGAAGCUCCGAAAGAACUUGUAGGCAAUUUUAAUGUUUUGAACAAAGGAGACUCUAUAUCUGAGUUAAUUGAAGAACUAGAAUUAUCAUUUAAUGCAUCAAUUGACGAAUCAAAUGAUAUGGAUGAUUUUAUUAAUUUCAAUGAAAAAGAUGUCACUGAGAUUACAUUAAUUGAUGACGUAAUUUCUGUUCUCAAUGAAAAUAAAAUAAUUGCUUGUAAUGAAUCUUUUGACGAAGCAAGUAAUCUUGAUAUGUCAACAAACUCUGAUAAGAUUCGACCUAUUGAAAACGAAGAUCCGGAAGAAUUGAUUGCUGAUUUAAAUGUAAACAAAGGAGAUUCUCUUUCUGAGAAAAUGUUACUAGAUGGAGAAACCCUUUCUUUAAAUGAAUCAUUCAAAGAGUCAAGUGAUUUAAAUGAGUUAAUAAAUUAUGCUGAGAUUGAAUCUCUUAAACAAGAAGCACCUACAGGAGCUAUAAAGACACCUUUAAAACAAUGUGUAGGCGAUUUUAAUGUUUUGGACAAGGAAGAUUCUAUAUCUGAGUUAAUUGAAGAACUAGAAUUACCAUAUAAUGCAUCAACUGACGAAUCAAAUGAUAUGGAUGAUUUUAUUAAUUUCAAUGAAAAAGAUGUCACUGAGAUUACAUUAAUUGAUGACGCAAUUUCUGUCCUCAAUGAAAAUAAAAUAAUUGCUUGUAAUGAAUCUUUUGACAAAGCAAGUAAUCUUGACAUGUCAACAAACUCCGAUAAGGUUCGAGCUAUUGAAAAAGAAGAUCCGGAAGAAUUCAUCGCUGAUUUAAAUGUUGUAAACAAAGGAGAUUCAGUAUCUGAGAUAAUGUUAAUAGAUGGAGAAACUCUUUCUUUAAAUGAAUCAUUGAAGAAGUCAAGUUAUUUAAAUAAGUUAGUAAAUUAUGCUGAGAUUGAAUCGCUUGAACAUGAAGAACCUACAGGAGGUAUAAAUACGGCUUUUAAACAAUGUGCAAAUGAUUUUAAUCAUUUGGACAAAGGAGAUCCUAUAUCUGAGGUAAUUGAAGAAAAAGAAUCACCUUUUAAAGUAUCAUUUGAGGAAGCAAUUGAUACAGAUGAUUUCAUUAUUUCGAAUAAAGGAGAUAUAGCUGAUACAACAUUGAUUGGUAACACAAUUUCUACCGGCAAUGAAAAUGAAGAAACACUUCUUAAACCAUUUCCUUGGAAACCAAGCAGUUUUGAUAAUAUAAUAAGAUCUGCGGAGCUUAAAUUUGUUGGAAAAGAAGCUCCAAAAGAAUUUACAGUUGAAUCGAAUCUUUUUAAUAAGGGAAAUCCUAUAUUAGAGAAAUCUUUGGAAAAAUGGAAACAUUGCAUUGUACCUAUAAAUAAUAAACUUACUGUUAGAUUAUUAUGUAUGCAUCAUGCGUACAAAAAUAAAUUUUGGGUUGUGAAUGAAAGCAGCUACUGUGAUUUGAUUGAAUUGGAACUAAAUAUGGCAAAAAAGGUUUUCAUCCCGCUGGAAGAAGAAGCAAUUGAAUCGUCUAAUGGUGAGCUUAUAGCCACACGAAUAAAUAAUCGUUUUCAUAGAUCAGUCAUAAAACGGAUUGAAACAAGAAAAAAAUUAUUGCAAGUUUACUUAAUAGAUUGGGGUGCGCGAAAAACUGUUGAGUAUUUUCAGGUUUUUGAAGCUCAAAAUUUCAUGGAGAAUUUCUACGCUUUCAGCUUUUUAAUGGAAUUGAGUGAAACUUUACCAUUUGUACAUCAUAUGCUUUUAAAAAUAAAACUUUUAAGAAAACGUUCUAACGAUAAUUGCGUAAUAGCCCAUUUAUUAGCAAUACCUCCCCAGCCGGAGAUGAUACCAUCAGAGCGGUCUGGACCAAUUGAGGUGAAACCGUACAGAAUCAUGAAUGGUGGAACAUGCGGACUUUUUAAUCUACGUGGUAAUCAAUUAUCUAAAACGUUUUAUUGGAAUUUUCGUGUUGACUUUUCUGUAAAUGAUCGUUAUAAGUCGCAACAUGAAUGCGGUUCAAUUGUUUUGGUUCAUGUUAGAGGACUAUGCUGGUCACGCGCUCGCAUUAUUAGUACGAUUUAUAAGUCGGGUCAAUAUCUUGUAUAUUUAAUUGAUGACGGUGUUAUUAUGGUUGUUAAAUCUUUGAAAAUGGCAAAUGAAAAUGAAGCAAAAUAUCCGGCGAAGAAAAUAUAUAUUUUAACUGCAGAUAAAGAACCGACGUUUGCAAAUCUUAGUGAAAACGACAAAAUUUUUGUUGUGGCAUUGAAUUUGGCAUGGGAGAAUAACAUUAUACCCUGCGUGAUGCUAAUCAAUGGUAAUUUGAAAAUUAAAGUGUUUGUAACCGAACUUCCAGUUUUGGAGCAAAGUUCUUGGAUUGAACCCAUACGCGAGAAUGAAGUGGUAACUAUUUCUCACGUGGAGACAAUAAGUAAGGUCUGCGUAACAGCUUAUUACUCGCACUGGUACAGUGAUAUUCUCAAUACAAUCGAGCAUAACCUAACUGUUUUUAAUGAACACGAAACUAUUUCAGUUGGAGAUCACUUAUUAGUUAUGAGGUAUGAGAAAACGUUUUCAUUCCGAGGAAAGGUUGCAUCAAUAAAUUUAGAAAGUAAUACAUAUAAUAUUUUUGCCAUUGAUUUUGGAUACAUUGUUGAAAAUAUCGAAAGAACGCACUUACGAAAAACUAACUUAAUUAUAAGUCUUUUCCCAUUAUCUCAAAAGAAAGUGGUGUUAAGUAAAAUCUUCAAAGUUGAAACAGAAAAUAGUCAAAUUAUUGUUGAAGAGAGUAAAGCACUUCAACAAUUGAAAAAACUUUCGUCAAAGCAUAUGCUAUAUAAUAUUCACUAUUGUGACAUUCGGGAUGACAUGCAACUAGUAGAUAUCAGACAACGGCAUACCGUCGCUUCAGUAAUAGGCAAUCUUAUUCCAUUUCUGUCCGUAAAAGAAGAAGAUAACGUUUUCGAGUAUCAUACGUUUUAUCGUUGUUAUAUUCCUAUGGACACAAUAGUAAGACUUUAUAUAGUUAAUGCUUCUACAUUUCUGGAUGGAUAUAUAUUUGCCUCCUACUACCGCAAUGAUAAUGGAAGGGAUGAUGUUGAACGCAUCCAGAACUACUGUAACACGUUGGAACGAUCGCAUGAAAUGAAAAAUAAUUUGUUAAUGCAAGUAUGCUGCGUUUAUAAUUCUGCAAAAGAUGCAUGGGAGAGAGCUUUGUUUAUGAAAUAUUCAAAUGAUACGGCAACCGUUAUUAAUAUAGACGAUCAUACAGUUCGCGAGGUAAAAGCAUAUGACAUUCUACCAUACUAUAAGAGCUUAUCGCAGUUAUUGAAUACUUGUCAAUUUUUCAUAAAAGACUUUUCAAAUUUAAAUGAGGAUACACGCUUGAAAGUUAUGAACAAAUUAAAAUCGCUAAGUUAUAUUGACGUUUUCGUUUUGUUUGGUGAUGGAAUUGUGCCUCUAAUAGGAAAAAGAAUUUUUCAUAUUAUAUUAAAUUAUGCCGAACUUUUAGAUUCUGAAGGUGAUCAAAAUCAAAAUAAUUCCAAACCAUGUAAAUAAUAUAUAUAGAAACCUUUCUAUAUUGAGAUUCCUAUACCUAUGAAAUUUAU